GCAGUAGCAUGCGUGCCACCCUCUUAGAUCCAUAAGAUUUGCACAACAGUUAUAAUUUUUUACCAGUGAGCAUAUGAUUUCAGUUUUCAUGGUUUAAGUGACUGAAACGUCACGGUUAACUAUGCGGGUUCAAAUUGUUUUAGCUGCGCUUCUGUCGCUUGGCGCCAGCUGCGCCAAUGCGUAUAUCUGUCCGGGACCGGAUUGGUUCUAUCGUAAGGGAACACAAUCAUGUUACUUCGUGUCCAUGGCUGCAAUAUCGGACGGAUGGACCAAUGAGGUGGCUGACCACAUAAACUGGGACAGUGUGGCCCAGGAAUGCCAGAUAAGAGGAGGAUCGAUAGUGACUAUUGAGAAUGCCGAAGAACUUGAAUGGGUGAAAGCCAAAAUGCCAACUGAUACGUACUAUUGGAUAGGACUAACAUUCGAAAACUUGAGAUGGCAGUGGUAUGACGGCAAGACAUAUCGAGAUUAUACGCCCAUUCCUGGACUAACAGUUCCUACGCUAUCGGCGACGGAAGGCAAUAGGCAGAGAAGAGGCUCACUCAAGUACAACUACAAUAGUCGGAAAAUCGACUUCUUUCUGGAGCAUAACACCGAUACAAACAGGAAUGGCUUCAUCUGCAAAGGAGACUACAGUGGGCGACCCUGGUGUCCUGAUGGAUGGUAUUAUCAUGAUGGGCGUUGUCAUCAGUUUAACCCGUACGGCUCUACGUUCGAGGGAGCCCGGAGCCAAUGCACGUACCGGGAUGGCUACAUUUUAACUGUCAAUUCGCAAGUGGAAGACGAACGCAUGAAAGUGUGGCUGCGCGAGAGGGCACAUUAUGAAAAAGGAUGGCUCGGUGUCAGCAUCGCUAACAAAAGUGCUUCGACGACUGCGGCCGAUGUAAAGUGGCAAGAUGGAACUCCGAUCAAGGACACUGCAAUUAAAAACUGGGUGAACUCUGACCUCGAUGCUUACAUUAGAGAGCUUCCGAACGAUAACAAAUACUGCGGUGAGAUCACCACAAGAGAAGGCUGGGAUGACGAUGUAUGGGAUUACGUCGAUGACCACGACUGGCGUUUGGUUGCGGAUUGUAACCAGUAUUUACCUUAUAUUUGCGAAGCUCCCCUCAACAAGUGUCCUUACGGCUGGCAUCAUCUGGACGACUACUGCUACCAGUUCAAUCGGGGACAGAAUGAGUUGAUGUCGUGGCAAGCCGCAAGAGAAAUUUGUCAGAGACAGGGAGGAGAUUUAAUCAACAUUAAGACUGGCAAGGUGCAGGAUUAUGUGAGCAUCGCUUUGAUCAACGAGUUCAGUUUCUUAGACACUGAUCUUCAGCACUACUGGAUCGGUUUGAGAAGCUCUGGUGGAAGAUACCUGUGGACGGAUGGUUCAACGCUUGACUAUAGCGCAUGGUCCGGUGGGCUGCAACCUUCAACAACAAAUGACCCAUGUGUUUACAUCGACGGCAACUACUGGAUUGGUCCUGGUGCGCAUGGCGACUGGAACACAUCCGUUUGCACCCAACCGUUCGGCUAUAUUUGCCAAGCGCACCAUACGGCCGCCAUUCCACCCGAUGUGACCGUUAAACCGGAGCAUUCAUGCAAUGGCUCAUUUGAGAAGUACCACGAGAAAUGCUACUUGUUUGUCUCAACGCCUAUGAACCGGGAUGAUGCGCAACGGUAUUGCCGCGAUCAAGGGUCCACUUUGGUGAUGAUACAUUCGUUCGGCGAGAACACUUACAUCAAUGGCAAAAUAUCGGCGGAUAUCUGGAUCGGUCUGAAACGCACAGGAAACACUGGAGCGUACGACGAAUACACUUACAGUAACGACUUUCUGCUGGGACAAGGUGGAUUCAAACAUUUUGACUACAAUGACGUCCAUGAUUUCAAUAGUGGGCAAUUUGACAAAUUCUGUGUGAAUAUGGCUGGCCCAAAUUCGGAACCUUUUCAAGCCGGUAGAUGGUUCCACUCUAAAUGUACCGAACAGCGAGGAUUUGUGUGCUCGCACGACGGAACACCAUACCCCAAACCGUAUCCGGACAACGACCACACCGAUCCCUUGUGUGGCGGUGGGUGGUUUCGCAAUGGUGACAACUGCUAUCGCGUUCAGGAAUUCGAAUACGAAACCUGGCAUUCCGCUAAGCAAAUGUGCCACAACUUUAACGGAGGAUCCGAGCUUCUUUACAUUACAUCAAAGGAAGAGAACCAGUUUAUUCGAGAUGUCCUCAUAGCCAAUUAUUCUAUGGGUUCAGACUGGGCUGAUAUGGGAUUCGUCUAUACUUACGAGUACUGGAUUGACCUUUAUGCGGAACGUCCUGGUGGCUGGUUCUGGCCUUAUCUUGACUCCACUGAUCGGUGGACAGUUCCAUUUGCUGUAUCACACUGGGCUCCAGAUCAGCCAUCUGAGGUCGAGUUCAGCCGAAAUAAUCCUCGUUGCGCCAUAGUUGAUGACCACUUUGAAAAUCCGCAAUGGUUUUCUUAUCCAUGCAACCAGAAAAAAGCUUUCAUCUGUAAAAAGGUUCUACCCAGUACGACACUCGCACCGACAACCCCCCAGCCCACUGCUCAAGCAGGUUUCCAUCUUGGAUGCGCUCACGGAUGGUUCAAUGAAAACGGUCGCUGUGUACGGUUUAACAUUACCGGGGCGACAUGGAGUCAGGCAAAGGAUAUCUGCCGCCAAAAUAAGGCCGAUCUUGUGUCUAUCCAAAACGCCCAGGAGUUAGGCGACUUCCUUCGAUUCGGAGGAGGUGCAUGGAUCGGUCUUAAUGCUCUUAAUGACGCAUUCGCUCCACGAGUUUUCACCUGGAGCAACGGAGAGCGCGUGACCUAUACCCCGUGGGACGUGGAAUCGGGUUCGCCUAAUGUGACCGGAUCAAAUUCUAAUGAUGCUAACUGUGGUGCACUGACCUAUACGGGAAUGGCUGUCUAUCCGUGCUCUGAAAAGAGAACUUUCAUCUGUGAACGACCGUUGGAAAACUUACAAGGCGAUGGUUCCGUGACGAUCGAAAUCCCCCACGUACCUGGGUGUCGUCCAUGGGGAAUCCCCUAUCACAGUCAUUGCUAUUACUUUGGUGAAGACCCUAGUUCUCCAUAUGGAGAAAGAAAAUUCCAAUCUUUUGACGCCGCUCGCAGUUUUUGUCAGACGCAAUACGGAGGAGAAAUGGUUACAAUCGCCAACGAUGACGAGCAAGAUUUCCUGAGUGGAAUUGUGGCGCGGCAUGCAUCUGAUUUCUGGAUUGGCCUGAAGGAGGAGUCUAACCCGUGGACUGCCUUUAAAAAAUGGAUCGAUGGAAGCAAUGUGGCUGCUACUAACUGGGGAUUCGGACAACCGCCAUUGACCUCUGCCGGAUCGACCGGGUGUGUUGCGAUGUAUGGACUGUAUGGCGAAGGUAUGAUUCCGGGGCGCUGGUACGUCGAUACCUGCACUGAAAGAAAAUACGCACUGUGCAAAGCCCAAAAUACGUUGAGACCAACUCAUCAGACCUUGCCACCUCAGUUGUCCACCCCAAAUCCAAACGGAUGCCCAAGUUCCUGGCAAACGAACGCAGACAUGCCUAGCUGCUACAAGGGAUACGUAAGUCCAUAUAGUGCAACAUCUGGGGCAAAAGUCAACUGGUACCAAGCCGAAGAAUUUUGUCGGCGUUUCCGUGGAGGUCACCUUGUUUCCAUUGAUACGGAAGAAGAAAACAGAUUUAUUGAAUAUACUGUGUUGUCGUAUGGUCAAGGAUUCUCUAGUGCUCAUCAGUACUGGAUUGGAAUGAAGGAAAAUGAAAAUAACGAAUACAGAUGGGAAUGGUCUGACGGAUCACCGAUCACCGGAGAAUACUGGCACCAGAGCGAGCAACAUCACAGUGCCGAUGUGGUAGACUGUGCUGCAAUAAAUUGGUCCAACGGAAAAUGGGUGAAACAAACUUGUCAAGUGGCUAAUGGCUACGUGUGCGAAAUCCCGAAAGACGCGUAUUACGAAAACGAACUGAUUAAUGUGUUCCCUACGGCUGUGCCCCUGAACAGAACAUGUGGAAAUGCUACGCUGGAUGGCGAAUGGUUCUACGAUAACGUAAACAUGGAAUGCAUAUAUUGGUCCAAAAAGCCGGACACCUGGGAGAACGCGCAAACCGCUUGUGAAAAUAUGGAUGCCAAUUUGGUGACGGUGACCAACCGUAGCCAUGAUUUUAUUACUCUAAAAACGAGCCAAGUGACGACAUCUACAUACGCGGAAGAUCAAACAUACUGGAUUGGUCUGCACAUGAUCGAUAUGGUAACGCGUGAGUGGGCUUGGGUUGACGGACACGUGUCUUUCUUCCGACCCUGGGCAGCUGGCCGGCCACGUAACGGAACAGAACGCUGUGUAGCACAUGUUAGCCGAAGUGGGCGAUGGGAAGAUCAUAACUGCAACAGGAAUUUCCGGUACAUCUGCUCCAAGACCGGUCGUACACGACCCACACGGCCACCGCGACCACCGGGUGGAAAUUGUGCUGAAGGAUGGUUUGCUCAUGGUGAAUUCUGUUACCGGCUUUCCACGCCUUCUCAGAAUCUAACUUGGUUGGAAGCAUCUAACGAAUGCGCGACAGCAAGAGCCGGACUAGUUUCUGUUCAUACUUCCAUCGAGAAUGACUUUUUAAUAACGCUGAUGAAGGAUCGGAAUGAAAAUGAUUUCUGGACUGGCUUACACGCCAUUCAGGGAGACUACGACACAUGGUACUGGAGUGAUGAAACUCCAUUCCGCUGGUACACGAACUGGCGACAUGGCGAAUACGAUUAUCCCAGCACGGAUUACUGCGUAGCUAUGGGAAGCAGACGCAACCAAGCCGGCAAAUGGUACAAGAUCAAAUGCGAUCAGCGACGUGGAUUCAUAUGCAAGGCACUCAAAGAUCCUAAUCUGCCGGUGCAACCACCGCCACAAAGUGCAUGCCCUGCUGAAUACACCCAGUUCGGGACGACCGCGUGUUAUGCCGUUAGAAGGCUGGAAGAUGGUCGUGCAACAUGGCAAGAUGCCCAACAAGCCUGCAAGAGUAUCGGAGACGGUCAUGGAGAUCUUGCCACUGCCGAAGAUAUUUUCGAUAACGCCAAAUUCCGCAUGAUGCUGUGGGAUUCGAUGCAAGGGCGAAAUCAUUCGCACCACAAUUUCACGGCAUGGAUCGGGAUGAAGGAGCAUCUGGGAUCGUUCACUUGGUUCAACGGCUGUCCCGUUGUGUUUUCUAACUUAGACAGUGUGUUUUUGAGACCAAGAGGAGAUGCCUGCGUGCUUAUGGAUCAACAUGGCCGAUGGUCCGCGCAAGAGUGUUCGGCACCGACGACGUAUGCCGUCUGUGAACGUCGCUUAGCUGCAUGCAAACCGGCCUUCAAUCUGACUGACAACGGCUACUGCCCGAAUGAUUUCCCUCACGAGUGCUCCAAUCGCUGUUUCCGUGUGGAAGUUAUUCGCUCCCACAAUAAUCGUACAGAACACGUUGCUCGAAAUUUGGCUCAACAACGCUGCCAACAGUUGAACGAUGGCCACGGCCGACUGGCUUCCAUCCGCACAGAAGAAGAACAGCGCUGCUUGGAAAGAUACCUUGACCAUGCAGUCGGCCCAAUGUGGAUUGGUUUGUACGAAGCACAACGAGAAAAUGGCGACUACUACUGGAAAUGGGAAGAUGAAGGUCACACUUACCAAGCCUCAUCCUUUGUAAACUGGGAAACAGGGUAUCCAACCGCAUCCAUAAGUGCGUUGUGGCGCGACGGUUGUGUUGAAAUGAAGCCCGAUGGUAAAUGGGUGAACACCGAGUGCAACACCUACGAUUCUCGUGGUUAUGUAUGCGAAAGCCGCAAAAUCCAUGACCCGACUGUGGAAAGGACAACCCGCAAUACUCCACCGCCCACGAUUGGGCCAAGUAUCGGACCGAUUGGGCAAGACGCCACUGAUGGCAUGUCCGGUGGAACGAUUGCCGGAAUCGUAAUCGGAGUGCUGCUAGCUGUGGCUUUGGUAGGCGGUAUUGGCUACGUUGUGGUCACCGGCCGCUCGGGCGCGGUGGUGAGUUCCGUACGGAGUGCCGGAUCUCGAGUAGCCGAUUCUGCGUCUAACCGGUGGAAAGGCUUUGGAAACAGCAAUUAUGAGCAACAGAGUGAUAAACAACCUGUGGCAAAUGAUCCUGAAUUUAAUGGUCAUUCUGAUUCGUACUCUUAACAUUAAUUAGAUAAUUGGCUCUGUUAACUGUGAUUUGUUGUUCCGGGGACUGGACAGUGAUGCAAUUAUUACUUCCGCUUAGGUACUCGUUAUACGUAUGCCGCAAGAAGGACAUUGGACUGGACUUUGUAUUAUGUUAAGAGCUUAGAAAUUGCGCUAAACUUUGUACAGCUUUAAGAUGCCUUUGAUUUAUACCGGAUGCCAUAAACUGACGUGGAAAGCAAUGUUGUGGUAUCUCUUCUUUAUCAAUGGUAUCUCCUAUUACAGCGCUAACCUAGUACACACGCUGUAAUUCUAUGGUAUACAGGGUGUAUACCGCUUAGUGCUCUGGUAAUUCAUAAUAAAAGCGCAAUUAUGCGUGAUAAGGAAUUAAA